AUGUUUCGCCUUCUCACUUUCUCUCUCUUCAUUCUUUCUCUCCUUCCAGCUAUCUCCUCCCUUCCAUGCAUCGGCGUCACCCACCAUUUCUCCCGUUCGUCGUCGCCCCACCGCAUUCCCACCGCCCUUCAUUCCCUCAACACCAACUCUCUUCUUCUCCGAGAUUCUGACCCUCACAUCAUUCGACCCUUCUUGUACACCAAUGUCUCCGUCUUUCUCACCAUCCCUAACAGCUUGGUCUCCCCCAUUGCCACCAACCGCUCCAACGCCGUCCAGUGGCUGUACCAUCACGUUGUGCCCUUCUACCCUCGCGUCAACAUAACCACCAUCUCGGUCGGCAACGACUUCACCGUCGCCUCGCCGCAGGCUGCGGACCUUAUCUUCCCGGCUAUCCGGAACGUCUACUCGUCGCUUCACGAUCUUGGCAUCCACAAUGUCGCCGUUUCCACCUCAUUCUCUUUCGUCAGCGUUAUUACCAAGUCGUUCCCUCCCUCAGCCGCUAGAUUCCAAGAUUUCGCCGGGGUUGAUAUUAUGGGGCCGCUCCUCCAGUUCCUGAGCCACACCAACUCGUCGUUCUUGAUCAAUUUGUACCCAUACAACAUGUACAAGCUCAAUUCCGCCAUCCCGAUUGGGUUUGCUCUGUUUGAAGAGCACCCCUUCAAUUUCAGAGACGAUAUCGCCUCUGGGGUCCGGUACCAGAACCUUUUUGAUAUGAUGAUCGAUGCGGUGGUGAGCGCGAUGGGGGCGGCUGGGUAUGAGAAUAUACCCAUUGUAGUGACAGAGACGGGUUGGCCGAGCACCGACGCCAUUGCUGAGAAGGAGGAGGAUACAAACGAGGGGUAUGCCGAGAUGUACCUGAAAGGUCUCGUGAAGCAUUUGAAGGCCGGCAAAGGCACGCCACUGAGGAAGGAAGGAGUGGCGUGUGUUUACGUAUACGAGCUGUUUGAUGAAGAAGACGAGGGAACACGAGAAUCAGGUCGGCAUUGGGGGAUUUUGUAUCCAAAUCUGACCAACAAGUAUUCUCUUCAAUUCUCUGGUUCUUGGUCUGCUAGGGCCGGGGAAGCUGAGGCUUGGGUGAAAAUUUUAUUAGAGGUUUCAUUUGUUUCCCUUGUCUUGCUCUCUCACUAG